GCGCUCUCUGGCGCCGCUGCGGCCGCCGGCUCCUCCUGGCCCCCCGCGGGCAGAGAGCGCCCGGGUGCUGCUGGGCGGUGGGAGCCCCCCGGGGGCGGCGGCGGCGGCGGCGGCUCCGCACACCCAAGAUGGCGGCGGUGGAGCUGGAGUGGGUGCCGGAGACGCUCUAUAACACGGCGAUCUCGGCCGUGGUGGACAGUUACGGGCGGGCCCGGCGCCGCGACAUCCGCUCGCUGCCCGAGAACAUCCAGUUCGACGUGUACUACAAGCUUUACCAACAAGGUCGCUUAUGCCAGUUGGGUAGCGAAUUUUGUGAACUAGAAGUUUUUGCAAAGGUGUUACGAGCUUUAGAUAAAAGACACUUGCUUCAUCACUGUUUUCAGGCUCUGAUGGAUCAUGGGGUAAAAGUUGCUUCUGUGCUGGCCUAUUCAUUCAGUAGAUGGUGCUCCUACAUAGCAGAAUCAGACUCUGAUGUAAAAGACAAAGCAAUCCAGAUUGGUUUUGUUUUAGGAGGGUUCCUAUCAGAUGCUGGCUGGUACAGUGACGCUGAGAAAGUGUUCAGUUCCUGCCAUCAGUUAUGUUCCCUUCAUGAUGAGAUGCCUCACUGGUGUCGUGCAGUAGAAUGUUGCGUAAGAUUGCUGCAUGUUCGAAAUGGCAACUGCAAAUACCACUUGGGAGAAGAAACAUUCAAACAAGCUCAGUCUUAUAUGGAUAAACUUGCAAAACAUGGUCAAAAGGCAAACAAAGCAGCACUUUAUGGGGAGUUGUGUGCACUGCUCUUUGCAAAGAGCCACUAUGAUGAGGCUUACAAGUGGUGUAUAGAAGCUAUGAAGGAGAUCAAAGUUGGCUUGCCAGUAAAAGUAGUGGUGGAUGUCUUAAGACAGGCUUCAAAGGCUUGUGUUGUAAAACGUGAAUUUAAGAAAGCUGAACAGUUAAUAAAACAUGCAGUAUAUCUAGCACGGGAGCAUUUUGGAGCCAAACACCCAAAAUAUUCAGACACUCUAUUAGACUAUGGAUUUUACUUGCUCAACGUAGAUAACAUAUGCCAGUCUGUUGCAAUUUAUCAGACAGCUCUUGAUAUCCGACAGUCAGUGUUUGGAGGUAAAAACAUCCAUGUAGCUACAGCUCAUGAAGACUUGGCUUAUUCUUCUUACGUUCACCAGUAUAGUUCUGGAAAAUUUGACAAUGCACUAUUCCAUGCUGAACGUGCUAUUGGCAUUAUCACUCACAUUCUUCCUGAAGAUCAUCUUCUCUUGGCCUCUUCCAAGAGAGUUAAAGCACUUAUCCUGGAGGAGAUUGCUAUUGACUGUCACAAUAAGGAAACUGAGCAGAGGUUACUUCAAGAAGCUCACGAUUUGCACCUGUCUUCACUCCAGUUAGCUAAAAAAGCCUUUGGGGAAUUCAACGUACAAACAGCAAAACACUAUGGCAACCUGGGCAGACUUUAUCAGUCAAUGAGAAAAUUUAAGGAAGCAGAAGAAAUGCACAUCAAAGCAAUUCAGAUUAAGGAGCAGCUUCUUGGUCAAGAAGAUUAUGAAGUCGCCCUAUCUGUGGGACAUCUAGCUUCUCUCUAUAACUAUGACAUGAAUCAACAUGGAAAUGCAGAAAAGCUUUAUCUGAGAUCAAUAGCAAUUGGAAAGAAGCUUUUUGGCGAAGGUUACAGUGGACUAGAAUAUGAUUACAGAGGUCUCAUUAAACUGUACAAUUCCACUGGCAAUUAUGAGAAAGUAUUUGAAUAUCACAAUAUUUUGGCCAGUUGGAACCGGUUGCGGGAUCGGCAGUUCUCAGUUACAGAUGCUCUGGAGGAUGUAAGCACCAGCCCUCAAUCCACUGAAGAAGUAGUCCAGUCUUUUCUGAUGUCUCAGAACAUUGAUGGACAAAAUAGCUAGAGAACUUGGUCGAUUAACCAAUUAAGUUUUUUCCCCCAGAUUACAAGGGAAAGUCAUACUGUGAAAUCUAAACCAUGUAGUUUUCUGGGGGCUGGAAUUUGCAUUGAAACACUGGUCCAGUCCAUUGAAGAAUGCCCAUACAGAUGAAUAUGAGUUAAGUUCUUAUCAGCAUGUGUAUGGCAUGUUUAGUUUGGCUUAUUGAAUUUGAAUACCAAACACCAGGAUCCCCCUCCCCCUUCUUUUGCAAAAGAAGCUACUUUGCAGGAAAUCUGCAAAUAAACUUAAAUAAAACUGUUUAAGAGUUAAAAGAGUUGCAUCCUUAUUAUGAAAGGAAGGUUUCAGCAAGAAAAUUCUUCCAACAAGUAGAAGUAAUAAAUACUCUAUUGUCAGAAAUGGAAAAAAGUGUUUAUACUUUAUGCAUUGUAGCAGAGCUAAUGAUAAAUAUUAACAAAAGAGGAAAUGCCCUAGCUUUGUUUGCUGCCUUAUGAAGAAAAGUGGCAAAGAACAACUCCAGAAAGAAAUGUGUUGUAAACCACACUAGUUUGUUAUGGAAGUAACCGCCAUGUGUUGUUUUUAGUCAUCUGAAUUGGACCAGCAUUCAUCUGUAAGUGAUAGAAGAUCCAGUAGACCAGCAAUCCAAAUUUCCUUUGGUACAGUACAAGAGCUAUAAUAAUUUUCCAUGAAAGGACCAGGAGAAUCAAAAGUGGACCAGCCUGUCUAGGAAAGUCUUUGGACCAGUGGCUUUAAUUUAAUAUUCCUGCCCUGCAUUCACUUUUACAGUAGAAUUAUUUCAUUUAGAUGUACGAUCAGUGAUAAUACAAAAAUAUAUUCAUGUGAUAGAUACAAAACUAGGAAUUGAACAUUUUUUAGCAGUUGCAAUGGCAUGUUUUCAACUAGUAAGCUUCUACAGAUAUUAAAAUGUCAAUGCCAUAAGCAAAAACUAAAAAUGCUUAACUGUUUGCUGCAGCCAUUCUUUUCUUUUUUAAAUGGGCUUACUCUAAUAAUUGAGGCAGUAACUGGUUUAUACUGACUAAUAGUUUUGUAUUACAAUCCAGUUCAAUUUUAUGUUUGUGAAGAUCACAACUUAUUGUACAGUUCGCAAGGGUCAGUGGGAAAUGCCAAAAAAGCACAACAGGUCUUUUUUGUGAUGCUCAUUUCUACAUUAAACAAUAGUACAACCAGAAACUGAUUCUUCUAUGUUAAUUUAAAAAGCUUCAGUCAGAUGUAAAGAUCCCUUAACAAUGCCUCUCUCACUAGCUUGUCUUAAUUUUUGUUUUACGUUUUUUGUUAUUUUGUUUUGCUUUAAUUGAACCAAGUCUGUUUUAAUGUUGAGGUAAUCAAAAUUUUUGAAAAAUCUACAUAGCAUAGCAAACUAGAAAUAAGUCAUUGCUUUUACCUCAAUUCUUAUUAUAGUGGCACAAACAGUGCCUCUAUAGUUAAGGGUCUGUCAGUUUUUCCCCCCUAUUUUCAGGGGUUUAUAAUUUGGCUGUGAAAAUUCAGUCCAGGUUGAAGCAUGGCAAACAACUACAGUACUUGGAGUGAAUUUUAUUUUGUUAUGAAGUUUUUUUGUCUUCAGAUUAUAAGAGUGUGGUAUACAAAAAACAAAAUAGAAGUUAGUGAUUUCAGACACUUCUUUGAACUCCUAUAAUUUUAAUAAUGGCUUCGGUUUUAAACUGAAAAGUUGCAGGCCAAUAGUUCAUAAACCAGUGCCUUCAAGUAUUUUUGAGGGGGAGUAACACCAAGUUAAAAAAUAAGUUACUUAAUUUGGAAAUGUGGUUUUAGCGCUAGUGUAGUUGUGAUUCUUUCAUU